AUGCUCCGCCAUCAGAACAACGACGGAGCCCACCAGCCCGCCCGCGACUCCAGUAUCAACAACAGCCUCGUGGCCGAGAACAUGGAGAGUCAACCAGCUAGCUCGACCGACCUUAUCAUCCGCGCCGAGGGCGACACCGCCGUCAAUUCGCCAGCCAACGCCGCAGACACCAUCACCAGCCUCGCACGGAACGACACGAUCGAUAGCGCCAGCGACAAUGAUCAACCAUCGCUCGAAAUCUUACUCCAGACGCUCCCGCAAGAGCUUCAAGGCGAGAUUCUUGCCUUCACCGUCAUGACACCGCCGUCCAUCGUCCAGAUCGAACCAGAAACAUACCGCCCACCACACCUACUCCGGAUCAAUCGUCGCAGUCGUGCCAUAGCCGCCGAGCAUUAUUACACACAUACGACGUUCGCCUGCACACAUAAGUCUUUCUACCACACCGAAUUCGUCAGGUGGCUUCGAUCUCUCCCUGCUCAGCACCGCGCCUCGAUCAGCAGGAUCCAAAUCCCACCAGUCGUGUAUCCUCGAACAGACGUCGCAGAACCCUUCAAGGAAUGGCAGUUUCGAAGGCUGUGGAGAACGGUGACUGAUUUGCCUCGUAUGCCUCACCUCAUCAGGCAUGCCGGGCUAGCAAGCGGAAUGAAGAGCUUGGAUUCGAUCAUGCUUGCUGACUGCCCUUUGGAGGAAGAGGGCGGAGUCCUUCAGAUGGGACUUCUGUCGGGCCCGGAAAUCAACAUGGAAAUCAAGAAGUUGCACGUAGAGCUGGGAAUACCAGAGCCGGACGAGGAGGAGGACUGGUAGAAGGGGGCAUCUCUGCGGUCGUAGUAGCAUGAAAGGCAAGCGGGUCGAAAAGGUGUUUAUCGGUGCGGUGUAUGCGAAGCGACAAGCAGGCUGGAAGACAACAUAACCUUGGGAUAACCGGCGAGCAAUGUGUCCUGCUCUAUUUGGCGGACUUCAUUGAGCCCAGCGGUGCGCAGAUGGUGUUACGCCGGAUGGUGUAUUGGGCCUGGAGAAGGAGAAGGUGGCAAUCUUUUCAUGUAGCGUCGAAGCGUGGAAGGAAUGAGCCUGAACCACAAAUACACCCCAUCUCUGCUAGUCCUAGAGGCGUAAAGGCUGACCAGUAUCCAGACG